AUGGCAGGUACUUUACAUCCAGACAGAGAAUUACAAAGAUUCAACACAGCAAAGGAAAAACUUGGUCAUUAUUUCCGUUUCAAGCCAAGAUCAGCCGCUUUCAAUAUCGUCUUUAUGGGACUAGUGCCCAUUGGAUUGACAUUAUGGGCAUAUAAUAACGAAGGUGUAAUUUCCAUAACAGAUAGGUUGAGAAAGAAGCCUGUAUUGACUACUGAUUACGUACCUAGAGAUAAGGAUUUAUAA